AUGGCGGAUGUGAAUGCAGCUGCUUUUAGGAGCUGGGGACAAGCGAAAGAUCUUGUCUUGGCCCGUUUAAUUCGAGAUUCCUUUGCGAUACCACGUGAUGAUGGUAAUAGAAAUGGUGAUAUUGAAAUGGGAAUGGACAGACAAACGAAUUCGGAAGAUCUAGGCAUGGAUAAUUUCUUUAAACAGGUUCAGGAGAUUGAGAAACAAUAUGAAAAACUCAAUAUCCUGCUGAGAAAGCUUCAGGAUGCUCACGAGGAAUCAAAGGCUGUGACGAAGGCUGCUAAUAUGAAAGCAAUAAAGAAACGGAUGGAGAAGGAUGUUGACGAAGUCGGAAAAAUUGCCCGUUCUAUUAAAUCAAAAAUUGAGGAACUCGACAAAGAGAAUUUAGCCAAUAGACAAAAGGCAGGGUGCGGAAAAGGAUCAGGCGUAGACAGAUCAAGAACAGCAACAACAGUGGCUCUGAAAAAGAAGUUCAAAGAUCGAAUGUCUGAUUUUCAGACUUUGAGAGAGAAUAUACACCAAGAGUAUCGUGAAGUUGUAGAGAGACGUGUAUUCACAGUGACGGGCACUCGAGCUGAUGAAGAGACAAUUGAUAAAUUAAUAGAGACUGGUGAUAGCGAACAAAUAUUUCAAAAAGCUAUCAGAGAACAAGGCCGAGGCCAGGUAAUGGACACCCUGGCAGAAAUUCAAGAACGACACGACGCCGUUCGAGAUUUGGAGAAGAAGCUUCUAGAUUUGCAACAGAUAUUCCUUGACAUGGCUGUACUGGUGGAUGCACAAGGAGACAUGCUCGAUAACAUCGAGUCACAGGUUUCGUCUGCAGUGGACCAUGUGCAGUCGGGUAACACUGCUCUUCAAAAGGCAAAAAGUCUGCAGAAAAACUCGAGAAAAUGGAUGUGUAUAGCAAUCAUCAUCCUUCUCAUUAUAGUGGCAAUUGUUGUGGUUGGUGUGCUCAAGCCAUGGCAGAACAAGAACGGGGCUUAGCUUUCUACACGAGCGUGUAAUGUAUAAAAAUUUAAAAAAAAAGAACUAUAGAGCAAAAGGAAUCGUUUCAUAUAAUCGACUAUAUACGAGGACUGGUCUUCUUUUUUAUUUGUUCGUUCGGGAUUUGGGUUUGUAUCUCCUGUGUGUGUGCAUUCUUUGACUUUGGUAUUAACGGGCGGGUGCGUGUGGAAUUUGCUUGUUUGCUUCGGAUGUUCGAGCUUUCGGCUGAAUGCUCGUGAGACUCGUCUCGCUUUGUGUGUAAAGUUUUGGUGCUACAUGAUUUAUGAAGGAAUUUAUGAAGAAUUUAUCACAUUUGUUUUCUUGGCAACCAAUCAAUAUAUAUGUAGCUCUAGUUUUGAGGGA